UAUCUCGAGCAGGAGAAACUGUUGAACGAGAGUUUACCCGGCCCGAUUUCACCAGCGGACCGCGGAGUGUGCACGGAGAAAGUGCUCCGGGUUCGCUGUUGUCAUCGGGGAGGGGGGCGAAAGGUCGGGUGAGACCCGAAGAUGGACGAGGAGAACACGAGAGAUUUUAGACAGCCAUGUGAACAAUGUUCUGUUAUUAACUGGGGGAUCUCUGAUGAAGGCAAGUUCUUUUGCAAGUCCUGCCAUAAUGUUAUUGAGAAAACAGCAGAUAUUGCCUCUGAAUUAUUUAUGCAAAAUGCAAGAGUGAAUACUAUUUCCAGGGGACUGAAGAAAAGAAACAAACUAGAUCAAGGCUGGGAAUGGUAUGUUUGUGAAGGCUUUCAGUAUAUUUUGAAUCAGCAAGCUAAGGCUUUGGUAGCCUUGGGGGCAUCUCCACUGAUCAAAGAUGAAAUCCUGUGCAAUGUUUGGAGGCGUUACUUGCAAAAAAGUGAACAGGCUUAUACAAACAAACCAGUUGCCGCCUUCACCGGAAAACGGACGAAUUCUGAAGUCAAUUCUAGUUCAUCAGGAUUUGACACCGAUACAGACAUAUCAUCCUUGUGUGGAUGCCCUUCAUUGUUUGAAAAUAAUUCUGAAUGUGCCUCUCAAGACAACAGUAUUAACUUAUCCAAAAAUGCAUUUUUAUCAGAGGAUGAAAGAUCAUCUAUACGGUCAGGAUCCGUUGAUGGCAGCCUAUAUUUGCGUGCUGCACGUCGUAAGAGAUUACUGAUGUCUAUGCCUAUGACACUAGCAUUUUGUUACUUGGGACUGCUUUGGCUCAGAGAAUCAAUUACUCUUGCAGAUCUCCUACGGUUUGUUUCAGACCUGCAUGUACCAUAUAUAAAUGCCUUCCAGUAUUUUCCUGAAGAGAUGAAACUUUAUGGACCAGACAUCCGUAUCUUUCAAGUACAGUCUAUUCCAUCCUAUGAUGAAAUCCAAAGGAAAAUGCACCAACUUGCUGAGUUUCUGGAUAUGCCUCGUUUUCCUGAAAUAACUGAAAAAUGUUUCUUGCAUCCAAAUUUACUCUGUAUCAAGUAUUUGUUGGAAGCUAAUUUGCCAGAGAGCAUGCAUAUUUGGACACAAAGAUUGGUGAAGAAAAUGGGCAUUGGCAAUGUGGAUUAUCUGACCUUUCACCCAUUGUCUAGAGGGGCAAAGACCAUCAAUUAUGAAGUUCAGGCUGUAGCAGUGAUUGUGAUUACUCUGAAACUCCUGUUUAUGCUUGAUGACAAGCAUGAAUGGUUGCUAUCUAACAGAGCAGAUGAGAUAAACAAGCAAAACUGUGAAGGUAUUAAACACUUUCAGUUCAGAAAAUGGUACAAGGUAAUGAAAAGCUGUUUGGAUGAAAGUGAAAAGGAAGUGGAAGAGCAGGCAGCCAGGUACCUGUGGAAAUGUGAAAAACCACUCUUCUUUUCUGUAAAAGACCAGGCAGUAGUCUACAAAAGGAAACGUAUUAUCCACAGCCUUAUGAAACAAUUUGUUAGACUUGGUUCCCAGCCAGCAUUGGAAAAGAGAGAACCUUCCAGUUUCCGGUUCAGUUGGAAUGAAGGCAACCCGGAGAGACCUUGCUUUCAUGGAGACAAUCUCAAAGGAUACGAUAAUGAAAAAAGUGAAAGGAUCGUAAAUGUCAACGAUCGCUACUGGCUCUGUUGUCUGAAGAUCUGCAAUGAGAAGUCCUGCAGACACUUAACCAAGUCUGAAAUGAAGCACUUUCCUGGAAGUUACCUGUUUGUGCUAAAACUUUUCUCUUUCCUACUUGGAGUAGAGUUCUCCAUACUACAUAAUGAAGUUUGUCAAUUGGAACAUAAACUGUUUGAUGUAUCAGAAGUACUGAAACCUGGAAAAACUUGCAAGAAAACUAAAUUGGUUCCAUGAAGAGAAAAUAUUGCAUGCUUCAAUCAACUCUAACUGAAAAUUGACAGUUUUGAACUGUUUUGCUGGAAGUUGCUAAGAUUUGUUUUUUUUGAAGAUCAACUUAAAAUUGUUUAGAUAAUAACCAGUUGUAUCUGGGAUGAAAAUUUUAAUAAUAAAAUAACUACAUAUACCCUCAAGAUUUGCCUU